CCCCCCGAAAUCCAUAUCCCCAAAUCCAUUUCCUUUACCUUCCAACUCCGAAAUCGAAGAUGACCAAAAACUUAGCCGUCUACAGUAAAAAUGAAGUCAUGCUUGAACCCAUUGGACGACGACAGCGACGCAGGCAUCUUUGACAUUGGCGACGACAGGAGGCUAUUAUCUCCAUAUUCUACGAUCAGAGAUGAAAUUGAAGCCGACGACUUCCAGGCCGACAACCUCAACCUCGACGACAGCAUGGGUUAUGUGCAAAUUCCUUCAUCCGAAGAUGACAAUCUGAAUGAUAGUGGCAUAGGUGAAGAAAAGAAAAUUAUUGAACCCACUGUUGGAAUGAAAUUUAAAUAUGAGAAUGAGGUUUUUGAAUUUUAUAAGCACUAUACUUACCAAAUUGGCUUUCCUGUGCGAAAAAGGAAUUCGAAGAAGGGUGAAGACGGAGUUGUUUGUUAUGUAACCUUUACAUGUAGUCAGGAAGGCCGUCGAACAAGUGGUACAACUAUAGUUUUGAAGCCUCAGCCAACCAUGCAAACUUGGUGUAAAGCAAGAUUGACAGCAUGUUCUGAACUUACUGGGGGAUGGCGUAUUAACACUGUCCACUUAGAACAUAAUCACAGAACAAGCCCAUCCAAAUCAAGGCUAUAUCGACGUAAUCGCCAUAUUAGUGCACACGUGAAAAUGCAGCUUGAAAUUAACGACAUUGCUAGAAUACCAUUGCACAAGAGUUUUAACUCUGCCAUAGUUGAAGUGGUGGAUAUGACAAGAUUGCAUGCGUUGAGAAAGAUUGUAGAAAUUUCAUUGACAAAGUCCGACGUUUGAAACUUGGUAAAGGAGACGCAGUUGCAAUACAAGCAUAUUUUUCCAAGAUGCAAGCAACUAGUCCUAGCUUCUAUUUUAGUAUAGACUUGGAUGAGGAAGCUUGACUGCGGAACAUAUUUUGGGCAGAUAAUAGGUGUGGGCAAGCGUGUAAGGAAUUUGGUGAUGUAAUCACAUUUGACACCAUGUACUUAACUAAUAAGUACGAAAUGCCGUUUGCUCCAUUUGCUGGGUUAAACCAUCAUGGACAAUCAAAUCUUCUAGGAUGUGGUUUGCUCUCAAAGAGGAUACAAGGACUUUCGUAUGGCUAUUCAAGACGUGGCUUCAAUGUAUGCAUGAUCAAGCCCUACAUGGAAUUGUUACAGAUCAAGACCGUGUUAUGCAAAAUGCAAUUGAAAUCAUGUUUUCGAACACAAAACAUAAAUGGUAUUUGUGGCAUAUAAUGAAAAAGUUAUCUGUAAAAUUUAGUGGGCAUAGACAUAAAGCUUCUAUUCUUCAUGUUUUGCAUUGUUUGGUGUAUGACGUCCACAAUUGUGAGGAAUUUGAGCAAGGUUGGAACAAGAUGCUCAAAGAUUAUGAUUUACACAAGCAUGCUUGGUUAGCGGGUCUGUACAAUGAAAGAAGUCAAUGGGUGCCAUGUUAUUUGAAAUCUUCAUUUUGGACGGGUAUGUCAACCACACAGCGGAGUGAGGGUUUUAACGCAUUUUUCGAUGGGUAUGUUCAUUCGAAAACAUCCCUAAAGCAGUAUGAGCGUAUGUUGCGAUGUAAAGUUGAGAAAGAGUUUUAAGACGACUUUAGAUCAUUUUCAAAAAUAGUCCCAUGUGCGACAAGGUGCGAAAUGGAGAAAAAAUUCCAAUCGGUUUACACAAUCGCAAAGUUCAAGGAAUUCCAGGAGCAGUUCACCAGAAAGGUAUAUUGCGAAGUACUAUGCGCUCAUGAUUCGUACAUGCAUACUAUAAAUGAUGUACGUGAAGACAUUAUUUUGAAUGACUGUAUGAAGACAUGUACUUUUAAACUGGGGCUGCGUAAGGAUGAGUGUGAUUUCAAGUGCAGUUGUCACUUAUUUGAGUUCAGAGGAAUAGUUUGCAAGCAUGUGAUUGCAGUUUUGAUCCGGAAUCAGGUGAAAUUAGUUCCCGAGAAGUACAUAUUACGUAGAUGGAGGAAAGAUGUCAACAGACCAUACACAAGGUUUCUGAUCAACUACGACGGUUGGAUUAGUACUCCGGACAAGGUUAGAUAUGAGGAAUUGUGCAGUGCAUUUACAAAGUUAGCGGACUUGGUAGCACAUGACCAAUCUUGAUCCGAAAGAGUUAUGGAGUAGAUUGAAUUCCAAAUAGUAGAGGUAUCGACGUUGAAUCCUACAAUGAUGAGCUCCCAAAGCUUUGAUGAAUUAGGAAAGAGUGGUAGCGGAAUCAUCUUUGACCCGAAAUAUACGAAGAGCAAGGGAAUUCCAAAAGAACUUUGUUGAAAGGGACAUCUAGAAAGUAAUUCAAAGACAAAAAGAUGUUAUCGUGGCAUCGAACUCAAGUACAUCGAAAAGACAGCUAAACGAUGAUACAUCACCUCCAACCAAUGACCAGGAACCUUCCUUCCCAACAUUUUGGCAUGCAGGAAAGCGUAGGGGAUUUUGGUUCAAGGGUGUAAUUCA